AUGGUUCUUUCUAAGCCCGAGAACAAGCACGUCCUGAAGGCCUUCGACCUCACCGGCAAGGUUGCUGCCAUUACAGGCGGCGCCCGGGGUAUUGGACUUGAGGUUUCGAGGGCCCUCGCAGAAGCUGGUGCCAAUGUGGCCCUGAUCUACAACUCUUCUAGAGCGGCAGAGGCCAUUGCCGAAGAGAUCGGUACCCAGAAUAACGUGAAAUCAGCUGCCUAUAAGGCGGAUGUUGGAAAUCAGGAGGAUAUCGAAAGGGUAAUCCAACAGAUCGCUUCAGACUUUGGCAAGCUCGAUAUUAUCGUCGUGAACUCGGGAGUCACUUCCAAUAUCGCGGCGGAAGACUACACCACGGAACAAUGGCGUGACAUCAUGAAAGUGAAUCUAGAUGGCGCGUUUUAUAGCGCGCAGGCGGCUUCUCGGAUCUUCAAGCAACAAGGACAUGGGAAUGUCAUCUUCACGGCCUCUGUCAGUGCAACAUUGGUGAAUGUGCCUCAGAAGCAAGCAGCGUACAAUGCCUCCAAAGCCGGGGUCGUGCAGAUGGCAAAAUGUCUGUCUGUUGAGUGGGUGGACUUUUGCCGAGUCAACUGCGUUUCCCCGGGGUUCAUAGCCACAGAAAUCCUCGAUAUCCACCCUCUGGAAUGGCGCGAGAAAUGGAACGACAUGGUGCCGGCUAAGCGAAUGGCUGAUGCCUAUGAACUCAAAGGGGCCUAUGUGUUUUGCGCUUCCGAUGCCUCGAGCUAUAUGACUGGAGCCAACCUCGUGAUUGAUGGCGGCUACACGCUGCCUUAG